ACAGGGUCAGAAAUGUGACAAGUAUUUACCAUGUCUGAGAUGUAGGCAAGAUUUGGGAUAGACUAUUUGAUCACAGACCUUUUCUAAAUGGAGAAAUAUCAUUGAUAUUACAAGCAUUUGAACAAAGACGGAAAGAUAAGGAAGUAGAUAACUUAUUUAAAGCGAUAGAAGAAAUAACAGAGAUUAAAGACACUGAGAUUGAGAAGCUGAAGCAAGCUGAAAAACUUACAGAUAAAAUUAAUGAUAAUUUAGAGGAAGCACUUCGAAUUUGUGAUAAAUUUUCAGAGUUAGAAGAAACCUACAAACAGAGCACUCCUUUGGAACAGUCGAGGAAUAAAAGAAAACUCGAUUGGGAUAAAUUUAUGGGCGGUAUCACUACAAAAUAUUCAGAAAUAAACAGCCAAUUCGAAACCAGAGAAGAAGAAUUAAAGAAAUUUUAUGAGGAUAUAGAAAAGAAGCUGCUCAUUUGAUUAGUUGAAAAUGACUCAGACCAAUACAGCUCCAAUUGUAAACCCAGCAAUAAGAAUCAGACCUUCUAAAAAAUUAAAAUCCUACAUUAAAAACCUUAAGAAUUGUAAUGACUUGUCAAUAGGAAUAAAUAAUAUACUAGGUAAAAACAAAACAGACAAAAAUGAUAAACCACCACCGAAAGUAUAUCACUUAAUAGAUGAAGAUGAUGAAAUUUAUAUUAAAUCUAUUUCUAAAAGAAGUAAAAACGAUGUUUUCACAGAGUGGCCUUUAACCGAAACUUCUAAUGUUAGUAGUACCGAAAAAUUACUUAGUUUGGAAGAUUUACACUGUCUCCACACACAUAUUUUGCAAGAAAACAAGACAGCAGAACAGAAAGUGUAUCUGCAUGAGAUACUGGAAGGAUGUGAGAUCGUUCUACCUAAAAAUGAGGAAAUUCCAAGGAACGAAGAACUGGAUAGGAGGUGUAAACAACUAAAAGCUGAGCAAGAAAACCAGAGCUACUUCGAUAUGACAAAAAACGUGGAUAGCAGGAGAAAAGUUUAUCCUGAAGACACUAUAGGAUACCAAAUAAAGGAAAUGAAUCGACAUCUGAUAGCAAUUUUCCAGUUCGUUGUGUCAGUUGCAGCUGGCUUCCUUUUUGGUUUUAUUGGAGUGGAGAUCAUAAUCGGAAGUCUAGAUUUUGGAUUCAGGCUAUUGCUAGGCAUCAUUUGUGCAUUGACAGUGGCUUUAGCAGAACUUUAUUUCCUAGCGAAAAAACUCAACGAGGAUCUACAAUUUGAGCAUUCCUUGGAAGAACAUAAUAAAAAGGGAAUUAAAUUAGAUUAGAAAUGAUCGAUUUAUCGAAUUUUUACUAUAUGUAAUUAAGUGAUAAAGUACAGGUUUACUGAACAAUACACACAAAUACUUGUUUAUUAACAAUUGAAUACUUUUAUUAUUAGGGUUGCUAUUUUUACUGUUACUCGCUUAGCAUUCGAAGUUUUGAUAAAAUAUUUAUUUAAAAUACUGUCUGAGCAUGCAAUAUUUACUGAUUGCACAUAAAAUCUCACAACUGGUCAUUAAUUCCGGAGAAUUCUUUAAUUUCUGCAUAGAGAGCACAUUUUUUCGUAGUACCCGCUGAUAAUUAUCACCCAACUAGAACCAAACUUGUCCCAUAAUGACAAUAUUUUCAAAAUUGUCUUUAAGUGUCUUCUCAGCAUUUCUUUUGUCUGUAACCAGUAUUUAUAAAUGCCUUACAAACGGUUUCAGUAGUCAUAAGAAGGCCCAUUUGUCUUAUAAACGUUUUUGCUAAAUUUCUAAAACCCACUUGUGGAGUAUUACAUGCCCACUGCUUUAGGCCAAUCAUAAAAAUACUUCUUAAAGUUUGUUUAGCAGUAAAUUGUUGACUUCAAUGGUCAGUACUUGUACUGGUACUUCAAUAGUAUAAAAGGCCCAGUUUCGGGUAAAAUUUAAAUAUGUUUAAUUGUUUGUUUUUCUAUAAUCUUAGCAAUUAAAAUAGAUUUAAUUUAUUUUAAAACCCAUUUGAAAACAUUAAUUUCGGGUAUAUAAGGCAAAGCAAUAUAUUUUACAUCCGUUUUUUUGUUUUUGUCGUCGUAAUUAUUGUAAAUUUUGUGGAUCCUUUGCUUUAUUAUAGGAGUACCGUCUAGUCAGUGUUAAUUUUCAAAAGACCAACUCUGUCUACCUCGUUUACUUAUCGCUCCGGACCGGUCUUAACAAUGGGCCAAGUCAGAUAAAUUUAAUAAUAUUUACGACCGCAUUGACCGAAUUGAAGUCAACCAUUUACUGCUAAACAAACUUUACCAUUUAUGAUGUUCCCAAUUUACGUAGGAUCCAUGCUGAUACCAUUUUUUUAUACGCUUUAACUCGCCUAUUUACCAAUAUUUGUCAAAAACAAAUUUCAGCACUUUUCAUAUCCAUUGUUCGUACAGUGAGAUGAUAAAAUCGUACCUCUCUGUCAACUCGUUUUUGCAAAGAUAAAACAUAAUCGCUGGAACAUGUCGAUGUUUAAGCUUGUUCUAAUAUCUAAUGGUAUCAACGUUUCAGCAUUUCGAUGUACCCCCAUCAGGUGACAGUCACACUCUCAACUUUUUUAAAUAGCAAAGGGUGUCAUGUGACAUACUAUGAAAGAUACUAAAACUCUGAUUCCAAAAAUAUAUUACACUUAAAGUGUGUCUCAUCUAAGGUGAAGAAACCCCAAUAUUUCUACUAUCAAAAUAAAUACAGAUUUGAAAUUUUGGACAGUCAUAAAGAUUGAUGGUUCACAUUUUUUAAGAUAGUCAACUGAAAUUUAAAAUUUAAACGCGGCCUAUUGCGAAUCCACAAAAAGGGUGAAUUUUCGAUCUUUUGCUUCGCGUGAGAGAUAUAAAAAAAAGAAUUUGUGUACUUUGUACGCACGUAAAAAGGUAUACUUCUAUUAUAUGAAUUCAACGAAAUCAAUAUACUUUAAAUAGUUUAUUUAUAUUUAAUUUAACUAUUAAACUAAUUUUAAUACUUACUACUUUCUAAAAAUUUUUAUUAAAACAAUACCAAAAAUUAAAAAAAUAAAAGAAUAAAACACACACAAACACAUUGAAAAAUGCCACAAAGAAAUGAUUUCUGAACAAUAAUUGUUGCGAAAAAUUUUAACUAAAUACGUAUUUUCUGAAAAAAAAAUAUAUAAUAAUAUACUUACAAUCAUAAAAUGUAUAAAAAAAUAGUAACUUGUAUUGGGGAUCGAACCCGGUUCCCGUCGACCCCGUCGAUCCCGCCGAUCGAAAAUCGAAGUGCUUUCCCAUUGCGCCACCUUCGCAUAUCUGUCAUGUGGGAAUAUACACCAAAUGAACGUUUACACCAUAAACUUUUUAACAGGUUGUUUAUUACUUAUAUGAAUUUAAUCAAAUUAGUUUGAUAUUUGUGGAAUUAAAGGAAUAAUUUGUGGAAUAACAAUAUAUUAGGUGAAUAUUGGUAGAAAUUUUGAUGGUAACCAAAUUAUGUAAAUCAAAGCAUUACAUACUGUUUUGGUACAUUCAUUUUAAAUUUUCCAAGAAUAUAUGUAAUAGGUAAGAAUUAUACCUAUGUAAUUUUUUAUUAGGAUACUGAAACAUUUACAAUUAUUACGUACCUGUCGCUUUUAAAAAACUAUUUAGUAAGUCACUACAAUUAUAAACUUGCUUUUUUCUCUGCCAUCAGAACAAUAAAAACUAAUAUACACAACAUUUGUUUAUCCAUAAUCUCCAUAUUAAACAAUUAUUGACAGAUGAUUUUAACACCCAAUCAGGUCCCGUAUAACGUUUGAGCGACUAAUACCAUACUGUAGGUGUGCGCAUGCGCCCAGGAAAAUAAAAAUUCACCCUCGCGCUUAAAGAAGUAUAAAUUCAAAAAUUAUUUGGAAAAGUUGUUCCAAAUAUUAUUACAACCUCACAUACCAAAUUUCAUGGCAAAUUGUACUUUUAGUUUUUCCAUUAUUUAGAUCAAGGAUCCUAAAAUUCUCAGAUGCAUCUCAGGACAGCCAAUUUUGGGCUUAGGAUCUUGACUACAAAUACUAAAACAACUAAAAGUGUGAAUUUUGUCAUGAAAUUUGGUACGUGUGGUUAUAAUAAUAUUUGGAACAACUUUUUUAAAUAACUUUUUUCGAUAUCCCUAACGCGAAGCAAAGUAUCGAAAAUUCACCCUGUGUGUGGAUUCGCAGUAGGCCACGUUUAUUUAAAUUUCAGUUAACUAUCUUAAAAAAUGUGAACCAUCAACCUGUAUGACUGUGCAAAAUUUCUUAUUGAACUUUUUAUGACUGUGUCUUCAUCUUAAAUGCGACACACUGUUUAUACAGGGUGAUCAAUUUUUGUGGCAAAGUCUGUUAAAUCUAUUGUUAUAGGAGAUACCAAACAAAAAGUUAUGUACAAAAAUAGGAGAUAGCAUUUAGCUCCACAUUUUAAAAUUACUUACAAUUAUACAGGAUGUGUUCCAUCACUCCGUAUCACACCAUAGAUAUGUUUUUUUUUUUAAAUGAAACACGAUUUUCAUGAAAUUUGGUCAUAACUUUUAAAAUACCUUAUAUAACCCAAAACAACUUUAAAUUCUUGUAACGAGGAAGUGAAGCGAACGUUAUAUUUAAAAUAAAAUACAGGGUGUUUCAUUAAAAAACAUAAUAUAUCUUUGUUUCGGUAAUGUGUUUUAGAAGACUGUACAUUUAAAUCUAAUUUUAAAAUGUGUGUAAAAUUUUUACUAAGUUGCAAGGGAUAUUUUACAUGAUCCCUCUUACUAUUAGAAAAAUUGAGUAUGUGGCUGUCACCCGAUGAAGGUUAAUCGAAAUAUCGAAACGUUAGUACCAUUAUAUUAGAACAAGCAAGUUGAGGGGGGGAUUGACUUAUAACUUAUUCACUGGACACUUUUUGCAUGUUCAAUUUGCGUGUACAAUUAUUUUCUGAUGUCAUUAAAUAUCUUUAAUCUAAUGAGUAGAAUUGAAUUUUAGCUGAAAUAUAGGGCAAAAUCUACUAACUUUUCUUAAUAUUCCUAUUAAUACCACCGUAUCAAUAAAUAAAUAAGGUAUGGCUAAAUAUCAAUUUUGAAUAUUCACUGUCAAUAUUGUACAUAUUUAUUAAACAAUUCUAAAAAAGCUUGAUAAAAGCAAUAUUACUGAGGAUUUGUAUAAAUUUAUACCUGAUGGAUAUGAAGAAAAAACUUUUUUGUAUAUAAAGAAAAAAACACAUCAAUGUAUUAUUAAUAUUAUUACUCCAAUAAGGAAAUACGUAACCACAGAUAAGUUAUUAAAUUAUUUGUUAAUAUUUUUAUACUCUUUUUUUCUUCCUAUAAAAAGGAGUGACCUUAGGACCAAGGAAAAAUAAGUUAGAUGAUUUUUAUAUAAAGUUAGGAAUGGUAAAUGGUGUAAUCUAAAGUAUAUCAGUACGAGGGCUGUCGUCUUAGUUUUGCUUAAAGCGAUAAAGACAAAAUAUAUACAGGGUGUUAGUAAAUAAGUAUGAAAAACUUUAAGGGAUAAUUCUACAUGAAAAAAUAUUGGCAGUUUGCUCUAUAAACGUAUGUCUGCAAAUACUUUGUUUCCGAGAUACAGGGUGUUGAAAUUUUUAUUUCAAACUGCCAAUUUUUUUAUUGCUCUAAGACCGGUUGAUAUAUGAAAAUUACAUUUGGUGGGUUUCAAGAGGUAGUUAUUGCGCAUUUUUUGGCAAACAAAUAACAAUUUUAUAUUCAUCAUUGGCGCGCCUACAGGUAAUGGUCUGAAUUUUUUUAAAGAAAAAAUGGUACGCGACUGAGAUAUUUCAAAUUAAAAAUUAUUUUUGUAUUCAACGUUUAAUUUAUGAAAAAGAACCUUUCUUGUAUUUUUUUCGUAUAGUGCACCGUUUUUAUGCGAAAAAAUAAAACAUCUUCGAGCGUAUUUUUCAUUUCUUAAUACAUCAUCAAGAACUCUCCAAUAUAAUAAUACCAAAGUAGAACAAUAACAGAAAAGAUUACUAAAAAUUUUAACUAGGUGCAAAGCUACAACAAAUGUUCAAAAUUACCUCCUUUAAAGGUGACAGAAUAAUUUUAUAUUCACCAUUGGCGCCCGUACAGGUAAUGGUCUGAAUUUUUUAAAGAAAAAAAUAGUUCGCCACUGAGAAACGUCAAAUUAAAAAUCAUUUUUGAAUUCCUCGUUCAAUUUACGACAAAAAAUCAUUCUUGUCUUUUUUCAUAUGCGGAGUCGUUUUUAUACAAAAAAAUAAAACAUCUUAACGCUUACGAAUUAUUCGAGGUAGUUUCCAUAUGCAUAGAAAUUUAUUUCAAAUACUUUGUAAACGUUAAAAUAUUUUAUUUUUUUUGCAUAAAAACGGCGCCUCAUAUGAAAAAAAGACUAAAACGAUUAUUUGUCGUAAAUUGAACGAGGAAUUCAAAAAUGAUUUUUAAUUUGACAUAUCUCAGUGGCGUACUAUUUUUUCUUUAAAAAAUUCGGGCCAUUACCGGUACGCGCGCCAAUGGUGAAUAUAAAAUUACUCUGUCACCUUUAAAGGAGGUAAAUUUGAACAUUUGUUGUAGCCUUGCACAUAGUUAAAAUCUUUUUAGAAAUAUUUUCUGUUAUUGUUCUAGUUUGGCAUUAUUAUAUUGGAGAGUUCUUGAUAAUGUAUUACGAAAUGAAAAAUAUGCGCGACGAUGUUUUAUUUUUUUUUGCAUAAAAACGGUGCACCAUACAAGAAAUGUUCUUUUUCAUAAAUUUAACGUGGAAUACAAAAAUAAUUGUUAAUUUGAAAUGUCUCAGUGGCGUACUAUUAUUUUCUUUUAAAAAAUUCAGACCAUUACCCGUAGGCGCGCCAAUGAUGAAUACAAAAUUGUUAUUUGUUUGUCAAAAAAUGCGCAAUAACUACCUCUUUAAACCAACCAAAUUUAAUUUUCAAAGCUCAACUACUGGUCUUAGAGCAAUAAAUAAAUUCGCAGUUUGAAAAAAAAAAUUUCAACACCCCUUAUCUUGGAAACGAAGCAUUUGCGAACAUACGUUUAUAGAGCAAACUGUCAUUAUUUUUUCAUGUAGUUUUAUACCCUUAACCCCUUAAAGUUUUUCAUACUUAUUUACUAACACCCUGUGUAUAUAGACUUAAAGUACUUUAUUGCUUUUCAAAAUAUGUCCCACCAAGAUCGAUACACUUUUGCAUACGUUCAAAUCAAUUGGUAAAACAGUUAUUCCAGUCUUAAGAUGACACCUGCAAAAUCGCUGUUUUAAAGGGAUCGAUGUCUUCUUCUGGCGACUGGAAUCGCUGUCAACGCACUGAAUUCUUGAUCUUUGGGAACGUGAAGAAUUGGUUGGGUCAAGGCUAUACGCUGGAUGAUUUAAAAUUCAAUGUUUUGAAGCUCCAAAAACUCUAUUGUCCUUUGGGCAGUAUGGCACUUACAUUGUCCUGAUGUAGGAUGAUUCGCCAUUAUGUGUUGCUUUGUCGGAAUUUCGCGAUAACUUCUGGUAAACAAACGGUUAUAUACCAAUCAGAAGUAACCGUUAUUCGAUCUUCUAAAGCAAUUGUUGCCACAUGACCAGAUUUUGACACACAAGUUGAGACCAUUUUCUUUGAUACAUUUCGAGAACACUUUUGUUCACUUUCAUUUUGUUCACUGGAUCACUUUUGUUGCUUUUUCCUCAUCGUGAAACAUCCACACUGCGGAUUGGCGUUUAUUUUCCGGUUCCUUGGAGUAAAUCCAAGAUUCAUCGUGGCUAACAAUAUUAUAAACGUUUUUUGAGCUUCCUUUCCAACCGUUCCAAUGUUUUUUGACGCCAAUUGACGCGAACCGCUUUUUGCUCCUCUGAGCAAAUGAGAGAUCCAACGGGAAACCAACUUAGUAACACCCAGUUCUUCAUGUAGAAUCUUUUGGAUCGAGAUCUUUGAAAUGCCCAAAGAUUUUCCUAUUUCCCGGUAUGAUACACGGUGGUCAUCCUUAAUUAGCUGACGAACCGCAUCAAUGUUUUGCUGUGUAAUGUACCUGGCCUGGAUUCGUCGCUGAGACUGGAGCGACCACGUUGAAAUUCGCAAUACCAGCGGGAAAUAGUUGACUGGUGUACUUCAUCCAGUUGAAAAUAUUCUCGGUUCAUUUUUCGACAGACUUGCUAAUUUUAAAAAUUCAUUGUAUCUACACGUCUUGUAUCGCAAUGGAACUGUCGAUUUAUGUCAACAAAAGAUUCAGGUUACAUUUUUGUUGAAGGUUUUAUUGGUGGCGCCGUCUAAGCGGCUAUAUGUGAAACUAAAAGACAAACCUCGUAUAAAACAAAUACUGUUUUUACAGUUUAUGCUGAAAGAAAACAUGAAAUAAGAAUGCUUUUGGAAAUUUGGAUAUUGUGCACCUUAAACUUCUCUCCAGGAGUAUCAGAGUAUAAAUACUAUUUCUUAUAUUUGUUCUCCAAUUUUUAAAACUGUGUUACUUGUUCAUUUAGAGAUUAAGAUGGUACAGUUUUUCAAAUAUACGAUGACAGUAGUUGGCCGUAUUGAUUUAGGCUCCAUCUACGAUGCGCAGUCAACAGAAACACAAUUCAUCGAAAGCGUUCCCACUUAUUUUUCUAAGCAAGAUGACGAAAUCGCCAAGUGUCGCCGUAUAUUUGACAAGCUGUAAUUGAACUUUAGUUAGAUGCAUUCAAUUUGUAUUAUUUGUUUUGUUAAAUUUGUUUUGAACGUUGUAUAAUUCCCUAAAAAUUCUCUAAAGAUGUACAACGCCGGUUAUUCUCUAAAAAAAUACUUUAAUAAACAAAUUUUAAACUC